GUUUUAGUUUUAUUUUUAUUAUUUUUUAUGUGGUGCAUUAUUAUCUAAGAUCCAGGGGAUUAGCUAAAUUAUGCCCGAGUGUUGUGAGCCGUGCCCAGCGGCGGCGCCGUGUGCCCCGUCGGCGGGGAUCAAGUCGGGCCCUCGGGACAUCCACCCCAUCGACGGCAAGCAAGACGACGGCCAGUGUCGGUGCCGCUCGUGCUGCUGUGGGAAGCCCUGCAUCGUGAAACCAUGCUACAAACAGCCAAGGAUCCCAGACUCGUACGCGCCGCGGCGGUGCUACAUGAAGCCCACCGCCCCAGUGGAGUCGUGCACCACGUACAAGCUGUCGUACCUCCCCACUGAGGGCUGUGCCAACCUGCGCGGGGUGCCCCGCAAGCCGCCGCCCAACCUGGUGCCCAGCUGCGAGCCUAUGGAGGGCUGCACUGUUCAGAAGCUGUCGUACCUGCCCAAUCCGGUUUGCGUGACGCAGCCGAUGCGUCCAUGCAACCACGACAUGUGGGGUCAAGGGCCGAUGCAGAACCUCACCACCCAGCGCCACGACUACGUGCCGAAGCCGUGUGUGCUGCGAACCAGUUGCAAGCCUCCGCCGAAGUUCCACUGCGUCGAGCAACCGUUUGAGAACCGUACAAUCAACAAGCUGUCGUAUCUCCCGCCGGAGAAGUAUGAGUUGCCGAAGUCGUAUGCGCCGGAGCGGUGUUACGAGCGGCCCGCGGCCAAGAUGGACGUGUGUACCACGCAUAAGAUGAGCUAUAUGCCUAACCCGAUCCAGGCGAAGGAGCCAUUGCCGUGGGCAUGUAAGGGACAAUACCAGAAGCCGUGCCAAAGUCUGGAGUGUAACACUACUUACGGCAUGAGCUACUUGGACGCCAAGAGUGACUGCCGUCGGCGUGCCAUCAUCCCGAACACGUGCUUCAAUCCCGUCACACCGUCCAGGAGAUUUGACUCUGGCACAGUCUAUAAAAACAGUUACCUGCCGGCAUCAGCGCCUAUACCGCUGCCUGUGAAGCCUCUUCCGAACCUCGUCCCUUCUACUGCGCAGAUGGAGGGCGACACCGUACAGAAGCUCUCGUACCUUCCUAACCCCGUGUGCACGACGCAGCCGAUCCGACCGUGCAACCACGACAUGUGGGGUCAGGGUCCUAUGCAGAACCUCACUACCCAGCGUCACGACUACGUGCCGAAGCCCUGCUCAAUCAGGGAGUCGUGCAAGCCGGAACACAAGUUCCACGGCGUCGAGCAACCGUUUGAAAAUCGCACUGUGAAUCGGAUGUCCUAUUUGGACCCCGGACGCAAUCCGAUCCCGCCGAGCUAUGCUCCCAUCAAAUGCUACGAGAAACCCGCUGCCAAAAUGGACUGCGAGACAGUGCAGAAGAUGUCUUACCAGCCAGUGUGCGCCCCAACGCCGCAGAAGCCGCCAUGGGCUUGCAAGGGACAGUACCAGAAACCGUGCCAGAAGUUGGAAGCUACGACAAUAUACCGCUCAUCAUUCCUGCCUCCCGGCGAGGACUGCACAGAAUACAUGGACCCUUGCCAAUACGGAGACUGCAAACCUUGUCCGUGUGUGUGUCCGGCGCAAUGCAUAGCGACAGAUCCCUGCACGUGUAAUUUCCCGCGCGCCGCCUGCUGCAGCUAGCGUCCGCCAUUACGCGUCCGCGUCACGACAAGAUGGCGCCCGAAAAAGCGCGCCAUAUGUCUUCGCGAGGGAGUUUUUCGACUUAUUUUUGCUGCCGUAACGAUAAGCAGUUCAAAAUUAGCUAUGUUAGCUUGUACUACUAAUAAGGUUAUUUUAUUGUCGUUUACUUGAGGGAUUAUAGAAAUUGUGAUAAGUGUAGUUUUAUUUUAUAGGCAGAGAGCCGACUGCAUGAUUAUGGUAGGUAACCAAACUUGAGAUUGUGGUAAUACAUGUUGGGGUUAAAUUGCUACCUACCUUCCUACUAACGUCAUAAAGGGUCUAAAAAUGAUUCUAAUAUCUUACCGAGAAUCUCAAUGCA